GACAGAAGAUAGCAAAGUUCGGAUACAAUACUCUUGUCUAUCUCCAUAAUUGAGAGCACAGAUGCGGAACGAUGGGAAGCAGAUAGAGCGGCGACAUCUUGAAGCAGGAUGGAGCUUCACGCUGAGAUCGCAGUAUGGCGCACGGCACCGAUCGUGGGUAUCCUACCUGGCAUACCCACAGACAGCUACAGAUGUGCUUAACGUAGCGGUCGAAGGGGGUUGGGUGUUGAGCGUGUAGAGGAAGUAGCUAGAAAUUGAACUCAGUUG